AUGAUCUCAUGGCACCGAAAUUCGUGUGGUCGACCAGAUGUCUGUUUGGUUGACGGAGGCAUACCCUUUUGCAUGAGUUGCGACUCGUUGGCGCCUUUGGACGACCUGUCACCCAGUCAGGUCCCGUCAAACCCAUCGGUACUAUAUCAUGACGAGACAAAGGCCCUAUCACUGCACUGGCCAGCUUCUGUUGACUACGAGACCCAUUGCUACGACUCCAAUGGUUGCGAUAUCUCAUCACAGCUUGCAGAGAUUCUCGGUACCGAACCAUGGGACGAGACGAGCAGGCCAUCCAGCGAGCGGCCCUCAGGUAUGAUAGCAAACGAUGGAGUUUCGUCUUGCGAACCAUUGUCUUCAGGCCAAAGGCCAAGACAAGGGGCCAUAAACCCGCCGUCACUAAAUCCACGAGAAGAUAAUCUUGUCGCGUCCGACAGUAUUCGAAUCUUGCAUCUCAGCAAGGGCAACAAGUCUGAUCCGUUGCAUGGCCGCUUGGAAGUUUGCCAACUCAAAUACUUCCCUGAAUACGAGGCGCUAUCUUACACCUGGGGCACUGCAUCAGGAAACUCGAGCAGGACGAGGAAACUUUACCUGGGACGCGAAUGGAGCAUGCUUCCCAUCACCAUCAAUUGUGAGGCGGCUCUACGCGCCCUCCGUCUUCCUGAUGCCGACCGACGCAUAUGGGUCGAUGCAAUUUGUAUCAACCAGGAAAACGACACGGAGCGCACCCACCAGAUUCAGCUGAUGCCCAUAAUAUAUGCGACCGCAACCCAGGUAGUCAUCUAUAUUGGCAACGAGAAAUGGGAGGUAGAUAUAGGAUGGACUUACAAAAUCGAACGACAACAACGAACUAUAACUCGCAACCAAUGGGAAAAAAAAUGGGACAAGAUGGACAGCCGACUAAAGUGCCACUACUUCUUCCGAAGCUGGAUAAUCCAGGAGAUUGCCGCUGCUCGAAAAGCUUGGGUUACCGACGGAUCAUCGUGGCAACCGUGGCCCAUCAUCGAUGCCCAGGCUGAGGGAUAUGCUUCAAGGACAUUCCUUCCCUGGAUCAAAGACUUCGAGACACGCAAAUACAGGUUGCCCGGUUACUUGGUGAGGUUGGUGAUGGACUCCUGGUCUUCACAGGCGUCUGAUCCACGAGACAAAAUAUUCGCCCUUCUUGGGGUUGUCACAGGGGCUGCAGCUGAUGGUUUAGUCGGGGACUACUCUCUCUCAGUCGAACAGGUAUAUACUGGUUUAGCCGCAUUUGCCUUGACCAAACAUGGAGAAGUCGACAUCCUCCGUUACGCCAGCGGAUACACAAAGUCGAGGAACCUGCCAUCUUGGGUACCUGACUGGCGCCUCCUCUCACGCGACUGGGGAAUCAUGCUACGAAUGGAACAUGUAGAGCUGCAAUCUGUCCCAGCGCCCGAUGAAUGCAUCCAAUACCCAUGGCAGCUGCGUCGUUGGGGUGAAGAUGGAUGGGUUCGGAACAAGACUGAUGAUGUCAUAUCUGAUGAGCUCACCCUUCCAAAGGCGACAGUUCAUGGGCCUACUGGUACGCUGUGCGUCCAUGGAAUUAGGCUAACAAGCCUGACGAAAAAGUUCAAACGACAUGACUUUUCAACACAUGCUGUCUUUUGGGGGGAUUUCUUCAGCGUCACCGCACCACACAACUCAGAAUUUGAUGACUGCAUCUAUUUUCUCCGCGGGUUUGACGUACCGGUAGCCCUUCGCCCGGUGCGAAAGAAGACUCGCUAUGGGCUUCCUAGGAAAGACUUGUUUACAUUCGUCGGCUUGUGCUAUGUUAGCCCCGGCUCCUUGAUCACACUAGAAGGUUCGGAUUUGAGGGCGGACUAUCCUGAUGAUCUUGCACAAAUAUCACAGUGGACUGUUUUACAUGCUUCUACCGGUUUCUUCGAAGGGUUGCGGAUGGAAAACACUCAAGCUCUCCAUCUGAAGCUAGCCGAAAUGUGCUCCGCAGCCCAUACGGAAUAUUCUGCGUGGCAAGUAGCCUUUUUCAAAGAUCUCAGACAACGGGUCAACAUGAUUUGGGACAAUGUUCUACACCGAUUCGGAAAGGAUGCAUUUGCCCUGACAGCUUGGCGUGGUGCAUUGAGCGAUCCAGACGAGGCAUGUGCAGGACCGUCAAAUUUCUGGUCCGAAACCAUAGUACUGAGCGACCUAGAAGAGGCAUUUGCAAGACAGGCAAAUUUCUGGUCCGAGAUCAUUGGUCAACUGAUGACUGCUUCGAUGUCAUCUCGUGAAGAAAUGAAAGAGAAGCUCCGACAACAACGGCGGCAACUACAGACACUGGGCGAGACUAUGCGCCUAUUGCGUGUUACGCGCAAGGCAACGGAGGCGGGAAAUGCCCCAGACGCAAGCAUUUCCGAAGAACUUGAUUCACUUGCUAAGGAUCGUCUCUCAUACAGACAGAAGCUGCCAGCUCGACAGCAAGAGGAAGGUGACAGAUACUGUCCAAGAUGGUACGACUUUGCGGGCGUCAGUUUAUACUGGUACAACAUGCGAUAUAUCCACGCCAUAAAGGCUGCCAGCUACCUUGAACAGGCUCUGGUGUAUAUGGAUACUGCGCACGCAGAAAACUCGAGCACAGCGGCGUCCGUGUUAAAGGUCAACAUUGAUGCAGCAACAGAGUACCAAAGAGCGACGUGCAUAGCCUCGAUGGAGAUCAAAUUGGCAGCCAAGUCGUUGGUGCUCCCAAUGUACGAGACGGAUCCUGAAGAGGCGAUGGAUGAUUGGCAAAAAAUAUUCAUCAUCUAA